AUGGGCAGGCAAGAUGCAAAGAAAAUCGUCUCUUGCGUGUCGUGCAGGUAUCGGUGGAAUUGGAAGUCCAGGACCUUCUGCUUCAACUGCAACGCCACGAUCGCUCCGAUCGAGAUGCCGUGGCGAGAUGUGGCUCAAGGAGUGUGGGCCCAAGGAGGAUGCGGCACUCAAGGGGCUCAGCGGCCGCCAGCGGUCCCGCCAGGCGAGUGGCAGUGGUCGCCCAAGCCGCAGUCCCUCUCGGGGCACCGCGGCUCCACGCCUCCGACGCGGGGGGCGCCUGCAGGGGAGGACGGCCUCGCGACGGUCGACCUCCUGGCGCAGCUCAAGCAGCGGCUCGCGGGCUCGGCGGCGGCGCAGGAGCUCCAGGCGCUGGAGAGCGCCAUCGGGCCCCAGGCCCCGCCGAAGGAGGCCAAGCCUGCGCGCCCGCCGCUGCUCGAGGCCCAGGUGUCUGCCAAAGGAGUGGCUUGCCGCCGCGCCGAGGCGCACUUGGAGCAGUGCGUCGCCAAGGAGGACGACGCCAAGGCCUGGUACGAGGAGUGCCGAGAAGCGACAGCGCUUGCGGCCCAGUCGGCGGUGCAGGCCAACCUGGAGUGGCAGGCGGAGCUGGAGCUCGACAGAGCAGGGGGUGCUCGGCCCCCCAGCUCGGCGGCGGGCGCCUCGGCCGCGGCGCCGACUGGACGGAGACACGUGGACAUCAUCGACGGGGACCUGCUCGACCUCUCGGACCUGCAGGUCGAGGACCAGGACAAGCAGCGCUGCCAGGAGCUCAAGUCCAACAUGGGCAAGGAGAUUCGCGCCGCCAUCCUGGCGGCCAUCGGGCCGAGUGCGGAGAAGAUCCAGUCUCUGCGCCAGCCUCGCCUGCGGGAGGCGCGGGCGGCCCUGGGGCCACGGCUCCCUCGCAGCAUGAUGGCGCUGCUGCUCCUGCUGGGCAGCCUGCUGCCGACGGCCCUGGCGGGGGCAAGGCAGCUGCCGCCCCAGCCGCCGCCAGCGGAGCUGCCACUCCGGGCGCGGCCAGCG